CAGUCACGGCUCACACACGUUUACACGAACUGUCUCCUGCGCUUGCCGAUACACUUAUAAUCCGUUACUACUGACUGACUACACUGUUCUGGCAGCCUAAUUUUAAUAAUACGCACAAUGUAAUAAGUGGAUUAAUAGUUCUUGGUCCACCAAAUGCAACGAUUAAAGCGUAAAGGCUAGAUUCUGGAGAAAGCCACGGAACUUGUCUGUACACUACAGUCACCGGACCUGUUCAACCGCUUUGGAAAGGAGAGUGCAGCAAACCUGAGGCGGACGUGCAAACACGGAUGCACGAUCUGACUAGUGGAUGAAGAUCAACAGGUGCCUGGAUUCUGAAGGACAGCUAUAACAGUGUGUCACUCCCCCUCUCCGCCCGUCACUCGUUGAACCCUGCCCUUUGGAGCCAUGUCUCUGGGUCCCUUUCACUUGAUGCAGACCCUGAAGAAGUCCCCGGCCAUGCUGCGACGGCGGUUCCACCGCGACCGCACGGAGGACCUGUCCCACGGCGACCCCCUUUUCAAAGUGCACUACCUGGGCACUGAGAAAAUCUACUCCCUGGAUCUGGAGCAGGCCCGGGAGGCCAUCACCCGGCUGCUGGACGAGGCCCCGGAGAAGCUGGGCAAGGACCACGCCCUGGUAGUGCGGCCGCGCUACGUGGAGGUGAAGGAGAUCAGCACGGGCCGGCAGCUGACCAAGACCUACCUGCGGGACAUCGCGUACUGCGCGGUGGACACGGACCACCCCAACGUCUUCCUGUACAUCUGCAAGCAGCAGGGUCAGCAGCUGCAGUGCCGGGUGUUCUGGUGCAGGCAGGCCGAGCGGGCCAAGGACCUGACCGCCUGCCUGGCGCACUCCUUCCAGAGGGCGCUGAGUGACUGGCAGGACAGCAACACCAACCACGUGCAGGCGGGAGGGACCGAAGGGGAGCAUUUGGAUGUCCCUCAAAACCUUUCGUCCUGGAGCUCCACGCAUCUAGAGAAAGCUGGUUCAGUGGAGGAAGAGGGUUCUGGGGUCUGGCAGUCCUCUGAAAGUGAUCACGAGGAGAGUUAACAUCACCCACAGCCUGAGGGUGGACCGGGUACAGCACGCCUGCUUACUGACCUGACAAGCUCAACAGAAUCUACUGGGUCUUCUGUGCGAUGUGAAGCAGAGACUUGUCCGACUGCUGACCGACCCCCACAGUUUACAAGUUAACCGGAAAGACACUGGUGAUAUUUGAGCCCGCCUUUGAUUGGGGUAUUACGACGUUCAUACCACCGUCAGACACUUUCGCUCCUUUCCUGUUGAGGACUUGUAUCGUGCUGCUCGGCUGCUUACUGACCUGAGAGACUCAACAGAAUCUACUGGGUCUCCUGCACAGUCUGAAACAGAGACUUUUCCAACUGCUGCCCAACCCCUACAUUUCACAAGUUAAUGACAAAGACACUGGUGAGAUUUGAGCCCACUUUUGAUGGGGGUAUUAUGACAUUCAUGCCACUGUCGUGAUCAGACACUGUUCCCCCUUUUCCUGUUGAGGACUUCUACCAUGCUCAGGUGUCUUGGACUUUGGUGAAAAGUUGUGUCUGUACUGCGGACUUACAUUUCAGUGCUGGCUGGUGCUGUUAGAGAUUGGACCCCACCCAGACCCAACGUGUUGAAAAAAAUGCAUAAUCCAAACACAGUUUCAGCAUGUUAUAUUGACUGCAUGCUAACAGCUUUUGGCUGCCCUGCCCUUAGGCUUUGUAUGUACAGGGAUUAUACUGUCAUCCAGAGACAUCAUAUUUGAGACUUCUGUGGGAGCGCAGUUUCAACAUGAACAGAAGAAUUUUCUUUUUUUUACAAAAGAAAAAUUGGUUUCAUCGAAUUGCCUUUGCAGUUGCAACAAUAACUCCCAGUUAUUGUAAG